AUUCUUUGAAAAACCGCCUCUUCAUCAGUUCAAAAAAAAUAAAAAGAAAUCCCCCUUUUCCUUUAUAGCGCUCCCAUUUUAUCAUCUUUCUCAGUACACCCCUUUAUCUUUCAAGAACCAUUCAAUUUUCAAAUCAAAUUAAGAUACUAAUCAUUCUUAGCUUAGAUUUUACACUUUUGGGUUCACUAAAUGUUGAUGGAAGAUAGUGAAAAAAUGGAUCUUGAAGUAAAUGAACUUAGUCUUAUUGAUUUUUCAUCAGAAAAUGAUAAUCUUAUUGGAAAUUCAUCUUCUCCACUUCCUUCUUGGGGUCUUGAAGAAUACCCUUCUUCAGGCGCUACUAAUAGUCAAGAAGAAAUGGACAUGGCUCGUAAAGGUAACAAUGACGAGCAGUUCCCUCAGCUGCAUGAGUCAAAGGAACCUGAAAAGGCCGGAAGAAAAGGAAAGGUCAAUUUACGCAAAAGUUUAGCUUGGGAUAGUGCUUUCUUUACAGAUGCAGGUGUGCUUGAUGCCGAGGAGUUGUCCAGCAUGAUUAAGGGAGGUGACAAACCAUCUUUACCUAUGAUUGAGGAGGAUGUGCAACAAUCUUUUGAUUCGAUCUCCACGUUGGAAAGUGAGGAUUUGGCACUAGAACAUAUUGAAGCUGAGUUAUUUGGAGAUAUAAGAGCCUCAAUCCAGAAGGUGACCAUUCCAAGUAGUGGGGAUGCAUCUGAAAAGAGAGAUAAUGGAGCUAUUUCUUCUGCAAAGAAGGUGGACCUUGCUUCAAAAGAUAGGAUGAAGCCAAAACUUGCUCCAAAAAGAAUCAUUGGAGCACAAGCUGGGAUACCGAAAAGUCAGCCAAAGCAAAUUACAGGAACACAAAGAUUGGGUAAAGGGUUGAACCAGGAUAAGGCACAAGUCACACAGUCAAUCAGUAGAACUACAAGUGGAGCAUCAUUAAAGCCUCCAAAAAUUAGCACAAAGUUGCAACCUGUUUCUGCAUCCAAAAGGGCUUCUUUGGACAUCACACGAGUCAAAACAGAUAAUGACAGCACGAAAACUAGUUCAGCUUCUGUUAGAGGGGCUCAGACACAAAAAGCAUCCGCCUCAAAUAAAGCAAGUAGGAUUUUGCCCAAACCUACAAUGUCAAUGAAGCCAUCUUCAGUGGGAUCUUCACCUGCAAUGAAAAUACAUCCAGCAAGAUCUUCAAGUGAUAGUUCUGGAAGUACUUCCUCUGACAAGACGGCUAAAUCUUUGAUUCCUGCAGCGAGGAGAAAGGUUGUUAAUAGCAAACCUAUUGCUCAACAAAAGGUUGAUAAUAGCAAACCUAUUGCUCAACCUUCUGCAAGUGCAAAACUCAAAACCCCUUCAAAAGUUGCUUUGAAGAGUAAACUACCAUCUGGGAAUUCUGCUGUCUCAGCUUAUCUGAUGUCUUCUAAGAUCAACUCGAGCAUAUCACCUGCUAGUUCUGUCAGUGACUGGUCUUCAAUAUCAUCAUCGUCUUCUGCCACGAUCAACCAAAGGUCAAGCAAGUUAAGGACUAGCUUUGACACCAGCUCCUGCAGAUCAUUUGAUAGUGACACCUCAACUUUGGAUCUGAAGAAUCAUUUAAGUGAUCAGACCUCAGAUAAGCCCGAGAUUAGGGGAACAAUACCUAGAGAAAGUUUAAAGCAAGCAGGCACAGUUUCUCGUCCAGCCUCCAUGAUGAAACCAUCAGGUCUGCGGAUGCCAUCCCCGAAGAUGGGUUACUUUGACGGGGUAAAGGCAGUCCGCACUCCUAACGGUACUCAUUCCAGCUCGUCUACCGCACUGCCCAAGACUGAAGCUACCAUCUGUAGCCCAAAAGGAAACUCAAACAGCAAAGCUAAGAGUGUAAAAGUUCCACUUAGGGCAACUAGAAAACCUGAAACUCUGAAGCACGUCUCUCCUGUAUCUUCUUCAGACAAGUCAAAUAUUUCAGAUAAUCAUUCUGGUGCUUCACUGCCCAAAACUGAAGCUACUGUCUGUAGCCCAAAAGGGAACUCAAACUCAAAAGCUAAGAGUACAAGAGUUCCUCUUAGGGCAAAUAGAAAGCCUGAAACUCUGAAACACCUCUCUCCUGUAUCUUCUUCGGACAAGUCAAAUGUUUUGGAUAGUCACGCUGGUGCUCCGAGUGAUAUUACUCUUAUUUCUGAGUUAUCUCUUGAAGUUCAUCAUGAAACAAGUGGAGCAAAUACUUCAAAAAAUAUGGAUGUUCUGGCUGAAGAACCUGAUCCAUUUGAACACAUUCAAAGUGCUGGUUUGGUUGCUUCUAAGAGUGAAAACCAAGGCAUAGCAAGUACUUUGAACAGCGAGGAAGUUGUAGCUGAAGGACCUGAUACAGUUGAACAUGUUACAUAUGAUGGUUUGGUUGCAAUUAAGAGUGAAAACAAAGUCAUUGUGAACAAUGAUAUACAUGAGAUUAAGAGUGAAAACCAAAUAAUAGCAAACACUCUGAACAAUGAGGAGGUUGUGGCGGAAGGACCUGACACAGUUGAUCAUGUAGCAGCUGAUGGUUUGGUUGCAAAUAAGAGUGAAAACGAAGUCAUUGCGAACGAUGAUACAGUUCUAAUUAAGAGUGAAAGCCAAAGCAUAGCAAGUGCUUUGAACAAUAAGGAAGAUGUGGCUGAAGGACCUGAUGCGGUUGAACACGUUUCAAGUGAUGGUUUGGUUGCAAUAAAGAGUGAAAACCAAGUCAUUAUGAACAAUGAUCCAGAUGUGAUUAAGAGUGAAAACCAAAGAAUAGAGGAAGUUAUGGCUGAUGAACCCGACGCAAUUGAACACGUUGCAGGUAAUAGUUCGGUUGCAAUUAAGAGUGAAAACCAAGUCAUCGUGAACAAUGAUACAAAUGUGAUUGAGAGUGAAAACCAAAGAAUAGAGGAAGUUGUGGCCGAUGAACCUGGUGUAGUUGAACACAUUGCAGGUGAUGGUUUGGUUGCAAUUAAGAGUGAAAACCAAGUUGUUGUAAACGAUGAUACAAAUGUGAUCAAGAGUGCCAACCAAAGAAUUGAGGAAGUUGUGGCCGAUGAAUCUGACUCAGUUGAACACGUGGUUGCUGGUUUGGCUGCAAUUAAGGGUGAAAAACAAGGUGUUAUGGAGAAUGAAAUGAACUCGGAUACUAUUGGGAAUAUUGUCAUUAAGGCUAUUGAGGUUACUAUUAGUGAACACAUUAGACAGUGUCAAACAGAGGAUGGAGAUGGAGUAGGCAUUCAGGGCAAUGUUAAUUAUAAUUUGGACGUGCCUAGCCAGAUGAAUGAGAUGAACCUGGAGGAUAAUGUAAAUGGUGACUUUAAAAAUACCAAGAUUGAUCAUGUUGAGAGAGAAUAUGACUCAACUUCCAUGGGUGCUGAAACAAUGCCACAGUGCCAAACAGGGAAUGAAGGUAGAGUAGAUGUCAAGGACGAUUUGGAUACUCUCGAAGAAACAAAUGCAGAGAAAACUGUGUGUGCAAAUCAAGCGGACCAACUAAACAGUCAAGUAGAAGAAGUCAGCACAACCCCAUUUUGCAACAAGGUUGAAUCUCUUAUGAAUAGAUUGGCCUAUUUGUCGCUAAAUACCCCUGAGAUAGCAGUUAGAAGGAUGCCCUUUGCUGUCAAGAAUUCUUCCGAUGAUUGUCUUGAUUUUUGUGAAGGAGCCCAGGUAGUUGGGAAGACUGGUUUGGAUUUGCCUUCUUUGGAUAUUGAUCAUAAAGAAAACAACAAUUUAUGAGGACGGCCAAGCAAUGCUUCAUUGCAAGAGAUGGUUAGACUUCAAGAACAAGGCUAGUUUCAGCAGGUGGCAAAGGCAUCACGAUUGUAUAGCACUUCACAAAGGCUUAUGUGAUGCUUGAUUCUUUCGCGUUGAGCUAAGAUCAAGGUUUUCGACAACAUAUAUGUCUGUCCAAGUACCGAUUUAUUACAUGAAUGUAAAACCUUGAAGUCUUUCUAUGUAAGAUUCACAGUUAACAACCCCAUUACAUCAGCUUUAAAAGAAGCUUUAUUUUUUUGAAGUUUUUUCAUUAUCCAUUUCAAAAAGAGAUAACCUGGCAUUUUCUUAUUUUUAAUAAAAUUUAUAUCAGUAAACUCAUCUUUUGCUACUA